CAAUUCGUUUCAAAGUGACUGCAUCUCUCAUUGUUAGUGAAUGAACGUUAAACGAAACAAGACGGAGGACGUUAGAAUUUUUUACGAAGAUCUCAAGAUUCCAGUGUGUCCAGCGUGUUUCGGAGGAUUGUAUCUCUCAGUGAACGAACGUUGGACAACGUUGAAGAGCUCCAAAAUUUUUUUAGAAUUCGAAGAUUGUGAACGUUGGAUGUUCAAGACCUCUGUGUAUAAUUUUAUAUAUAUUUCUAUGUUUUACUGGUCUUGCUCGUUUCAAAGUGAAUACACUUUACAUUUCUUACGUUGAAUGAAACGAAGCAAAAGGCUCCAGGAUCUGAAGAUCAAGAACAUUGGGCGUCCGAGGUCACAGUGAUUUUUAUAUAUAUUUUUAUAUAAUACUGCAUCUGCUGAUUACUGCUCAGUUUCAAGCUCAGUGAAUGAACGUUGGACAAAGAAUCGUUUAAUACAUCUUAUACCGGAUUAUCUAUUCUAUUAAAUACUCUAGCACGAACUGAAACAUUCAAGUCGAACCAUGCCCGUUGUAAACACAGGAUGUUCGGUUUAACAGCUGGUGUACCAAAUAAAUUUCACUAGAAAUUCCUAGUAACGCGUGUUAUUCGAAGUGUGUGAAACAUAGCAAAAGUUUCGAAGCAGUGUGCAUCGAGGGAAGAAAGGAGGGAAAGGAAAGAAGAGGAGAGAACCAACUGGCGAGACUGGGCCAGAGUGAGAUAUCGUGUACAAUAAAAAAUGUUCCAUAGGAGAACGUUGGUCAUGUUGCAAGGUGUCCUUUGGCUGGCAAUGAUUCAUGUGGCCGCUUAGAACGAGAAGAAUGACCGGGAGAUUGAAUCGCGACGAGGGAGUAUCGAUGAUCUAUGUUCGCGAAGGCAGCUCAAUUCCAUCGGGACGUUUCUGUCGUUGAGGAUUGUUUAAAUCUGUCGGUCGAAGCUGAUUUAUGUUAUUGUCAGGGCCAUGCCUCUCAGAUCGAACGCGUCCUCUUCGAGGGACACCCUAAAUACUGUUGCAACCACGGACGAAGGACGUCGGACCGGAAGGUACGUCGCCGGUGGGGCCGUGCUGGCAAUCAUGCUACUUGCUGUGCAUCACGCACUCCUGCGGGAAGCGUCCACCAUAGCCGGUGUCUGCAUACCGGCCAUAAUAAUGGCGUGCUACAUUAUCUGGAUUCUGUAUUCCGCUCACAGGGACAGACGGAAGGCGUUGAGAUUCGCCGCAGCGAUGCAGCUGACAGAAGUAAUCAGCGUGCCAGCCAAGUCCAACGAGGUGAUCUGCAGAAACGGCGCGAACAACGACGAGCUACGAAAGUCGAACGACCCGAGGCUGACCUACGAUACGAGAAAGUCCUGCGAGAAUCCUGCGUACUCGUCCAAGGACGAAGCUGUGUGAGACUGAAAAGCUGUGGAGAACAAUCGCAUUCUCCGACUGCAUUUUUGUUGGUUUCCUCUACGCGACACGACGUAAAAGUUCUUCGAGAGAUACUUUUUCUUUUUCUUUUUUUUU